AUGGGCGUACGAGGAUUGACAAGCUACUGCCGUCAAAAUCAGACCAAAACAUCCAUUACGGAGCCAGAUCUCCAUGAUGUGACCUUGGCUGUGGAUUUUGUAGGUUUUCUAUAUCACGUAUGUGAAGAAGUUUAUAACGAAAGCAACGCGUCGUUCUCGUGGUUGCUGCUGGGCGGAUGCACACUGCGUCUCGAGCGUUAUGUGACGUCUUGGAUUAAGCGCUUGCACAAACGCAAAAUUCGUCUUGUGUUUAUCACAGAUCCGCCGCGGUGUUUUGGAGGCGAAAACCACCGCAAGGGCUACUGUCUUGAGGAGCGUGCAUCGCAGAAAGCUGAGCAAAUCAAGCAGCUGGCUCAGAGUCUCGAGGAAGGUCAUGCUACUCUCGCUACUGAAUCUGUUGAUAAUUCCAAACAAAAUCAAACAAUGAAAGAUUCGCAACUGAAAUUCCAACAGCAACAAAGAAUGGCGAGAACUUUAUUACAGACUAAUGGGCGGUUCCCAUUUGCUCGAGAAAAACUACGCAGCGUGCUCAAAAAGCACGGUAUUGGAGUUAAGACAGCGAGUCGAGAAGCUGAUGAAGAGCUGGGCAAUCUUGUGCGGUCGGGAAAAGCAUUUGCUGUAUUAGCAGAGGAUUCGGAUUUCUUAGUUAUGAGUGGCGUGAGGUACAUUCCAUUUGGAAAUUUGACUUUCUAUAAAAGUGAUGAGAAUCAAGAUCACUUAAAAAUUCAGGCAAGAGUGUUUUCCUCUGAUAUGGUAGCGAAAUCUCUUGGACUUGAGAUGGAACAGUUGGUUGACUUGGCUUUGCUGUGCGGCAAUGAUUUUACGCCAUUGCUUGAUAAUGAAUUCGAAAUGGCUACGAUUUUGGAUUUUCCGGUACAAAGAAAGAAGGGCAAACUUUAUCCAGUGAAUGCCGCGAGAUGGGUUGUAGAACAUAUGCCUAUACUACAUAACCCUUUUUUGAACAUGCUAGAGUCGAAAAGAGCAGGUUUUUUGCGAGCGCUAUUUGAGAUUUAUCGGUUUUAUGGCUAUGAUGAUUUGUUUCUUAUGAAAUUCCCCAUGAAAGUUGAGCCAAGUUUAUCGCCAAAGAAAUUAAAAAUGUAUAAAAAGCUGAUUGAUUAUUAUGAGUAUCCACCUAUGGCGGUUGACAUAUUGGAAACGAAAGCCUGUGGACUUAGCCAUCGAUUUGAUGUUAUGGCGGCAAUUUUUGGCCUGGAGGACAAGUCGCAAAAUGUAAUGCUUGCGCCAUUGCGGCGUUUGUCAUAUUUAGUAUUAGACAAUCCCGUUGUUGAAGAAAUGAUUGGUGGCGAUUGUAUUGAAGUUCAUGUUGCACCAUUAGAGUUUCUUCGCCCGUUUAUAUCGAUUCCUAUCCAUAGACGCAUGGCAAAUGAGGUUGGACAAAUGUUUAGUUCAUUGAUUAAUGUCCUUCUUUAUCAAGAUCCUAGCGGAGGGACUCCCAAGGUUACACAGUUUGAUAGCCUGCUCAGAAAGGAAGACAAAAUGGGAAUAGCAGUGACGAACGUUGUAUACGCUUUGCUCAUCAUAUGGAAACAAGACUGCACGUUUUUAAAGAGCGCGAAUCUGGUUGAUGAUCGUUUUUUGGAACUAUUAUUACUAUCUUCAUUGAUUUCACUUGCCGUGGAUUGUUGUAAGCAAAAAUCAAGUAAAUGGGAUCGCAUUCUGUUUGAUGAGCAACUGUUAAAUUUACAAAUCUACGCCAUAGUCGGCGAGUAUUUGGAAGUGCUCAAGCAAUUACAUCAAUUGCGGCUUCUUUUAGGAUGCAAAGUGCCACUUCUUUCGGGAUGCAAUACCUAUUUCUCGGGAGAAGUGUUCAUCAAAGUGUGUCACACCUUGAUGCAUUGUGAUUCCCAGGUAAAGAUUUCGCAAAAGAAAGGUACAGAAUUAUCUCAAAACGAAGUGGGAUUAGUGACGAACUCGUUUGCUGAAGUUGUCGACAAAAAUCGCUUCUGGUCGGAAUACAUUUCCAUCCGUUCGACAAUGCAGCGCCUAAAAGCGCUGGUCGUAUUACCCGUUGAUGUGGCAUACGCAAGCUUGACAUCCACGAGCGCGGCAACUACAGCAUUAGAAAAAGCUAUGCGAAGCAGUCGACACCAGUUUGUCAGUAAUGAUGGCACUUUGGUUGUACAACAUGCAGCUAUAGCCCCCUUGCCGCCCCUGCCUCCUGCUUUGCCAUUAAAUCGCCAAACAUCGGCACUGACACCCAGCUGUCCGCCGUUUCAGCGCAAUACUUCAGCUCCAUCGUUUCACGCGAGUCCUCAUAAGGGUUUGGUGCCUUCGUCUUUAGUAAAGCGUCUUGGCAGCGACAGUGCAUUGCGCGACAGUGCUGGAUAUUUUCUCGAGCCUGAGACUAAAACCGAUAAGCUACUCAAUUUAAAAGGAAUGAUGAAGACGUUGCCAGUAUAUGCCCAUCGCGAAGAUAUUUUGAAAAACGUGGCGUCAAAUCAGUUGACAAUUAUUCAAGGGGAGACUGGCUGUGGCAAAAGCACGUCUGUACCUCAGUUUUUGUACGACUCAUGGGCUAGCGGAAGCACGACUUCUAAACGUCCUGUUAAUAUCUACGUGACACAACCAAGGCGGAUUGCUGCAAUUGAAUUAGCUAAUACAGUGGCUAGGAUGCGAGAAGGUAACGAGUUUCAGGAAGAUGGCAAGAUAGGAAAUGUCGUUGGCUACCGUAUUGGCCAAAAGCAGAUGACGUCUAGCAAGACAAGAAUUACUUAUGUCACAACAGGGUACAUGGUUGAGCGCAUAAUUCACGACCCGGAAGCGCUAAUGAAGAUCACGCACCUGGUAUUGGAUGAAGUACACGAACGCAGUUUGGACGUGGACUUGCUCUUGCUUUUGCUUAAACUCCAGCUAAAAAACCAUUCUCACCUCCGUCUCGUGAUCAUGUCUGCAACUAUGGACGCUCAAGUCCUUAUUAAGUAUCUUGGUAAGGCCUCAUCGACAAGUUUGAUAAACAAAAAACCUCUUUUUGUCGGCUCCAAGUUGCACCCUGUGAAAAGUGUUUAUCUCGAUGAGUUAGCAGAUUACUUUCCAGAUUUGUGGCGACGUCGUAAGAAAGAUAUAGUAAGUAUGAGAGAUCAAUUUUUAAGGAUCUCCGAAAGUCGCAUAAGUGCCGGUAGCCAGAUAGCAAAGAAGGCGAUUACGAAAAUUCACGAGAAGCAGAUUGUUCUAAUUGAGGAAAUGGUACGUUUAUUAAUCGAUAGCCAGAUUCAUCAAAGUGGAUCGCAUUCACAGUGCAUUCUCAUCUUUGUCCCUGGUAUCGGAAGCAUCAAUGCGCUUUACGAAUCGUUGAGCCUUCUGGCUACGGGCGCAGAGGGUUCUGAUGUUCAGGUUUUGGUUUUACACUCGGGAAUUGAGCUGGAGAAUCAGCAGGAAGCUUUUAAGGUGCUUCCUGGAAGAUCAACAAAAGUGAUUUUGUCAACGAAUAUUGCUGAGAGUAGUGUAACUAUUCCUGAUGUUACCCACGUAAUUAAUUGCGCAAUCGAGAAGCAGAUCGAGAUUCCCAAUGCUGAAAGCUCGCAUGCAGAGGUCUUGAUGGAGUCUUGGUGCUCGCGCGCGUCUGUGCUGCAGCGUGCUGGGAGAGCAGGACGUGUCAUGCCUGGCGUAGCUUUUCACUUAUUUACGAAAGCAUUCCAAGACUAUUGUAUGGCAGAAUACAAUACCCCCGAGCUGUUACGAAAACCGCUUGACCGAAUAAUUCUUCAGCUAAAGGGACGGCUUAGUGAUUUUGGAGUCCCGAGUGUACUUCUUCAACAAGCUAUGGACGCUCCGGACCUCUCGCAUAUUCACGGGGCGUACAAACUGCUGGCGGCUUAUGAUGCGAUUGACUCUACAGAAGAGGAGGGUUCUCAGUUGACAAAAUUCGGGUCGUUUGUAUGUCAUAUGCCGCUUAGUCUCGAUCUCUGUCGGUUGUUGAUGACAGGCGCUUACAUGAUUCAAGACAUGAAUUCUGAGGAUAGGUCAUGGUCACUUUUGCUAAAUACCGUCAUUUUAGUGGCAAUUCUUUCAUUGCCAGAUAUCUUUAUGAUGCCGUCAUUUUAUCAUAUCAAAUCAGCACAAACAUAUGUACAAGAGAUGAAAAGAAAUCUUCAGGCAAAACUUCAGCUGGAUGGAGGGAUGUGGAGCGAGCCUUUGUCAAUAUGGCUCUUCUAUAUACAAAUGAUGAGUAAGCAUCGUGUAAACGUUAAGCGCAAUUUCAAUGGUGUCUUGCACAAACUGUCAAUCUCCUUUCGGCGAUACCAAACGCUAAACUAUUUGAUAUCAGAUCUAUGUGCGCGGCUAAUCUCUCUAUUCAAUAGCAAAAAUGGAGAGUUUGAUAAGCUUUUUGAUGCGAACACGAUUCUGAUGCUAAAUAAGCUUGAUGCGUAUGCAAGCUCUCAGCGGAUGGAUCAGGAACUUCUCAAUUUUGCUCGCGACACUAUCACGAGCAAGCGCAAUGUAGUGUGUAUUUUACGCUUCUUAAUCAUUCAGAACUAUGGUGAUCAGCUGAUUGGAUGCACCAGAGGCAAGCCGUCUAAUAUUGUCGAUGAUGAUGAAGACUGUGAUCGAGUGGACUUGAAUUUGGACAAAAUAGAAAUGGCAGCAUUUAUGUCGCUGUCAGAUCGAGAUAAAGCUACGCUAUUUAAUCAAUUGGCUGGCAGCGAUAAUCCGAUGGAUGAGCUUGCUUUUCUUGCUUAUGAUCAGAAUGUUGUGUCGAUUUACGCUUACACUACACCAAAGAGUCAGGCAGAAAGCGAUAUAAAUUGUUUUUUUGACGUAGCCGAGUCUACAAUGCAAGAAACAAGUUUUCCAGUCGCUUUACUUUACUACAUUCGUGGUGAGAAAUUUCCUGUGGACCUAAGUAUGCGACGAAACUCAGAAGAUGGCGAGCGAGUGUUUAAGUUUCGUGUAGCGGGCAGUAAUUUGUGCAAUCUUUCGUGGAAGCAGCAGAGGGACAAUGUCAAGGCGUCAACUGGCAGCCGCAGCCUGUUUUCACUUCCGAUUCGACCACUGAAGACCAAAAAGAAGAAGGGCACACCUGAGCCCAUCCUAUUAGCCGUCUAUGCCGAUCGCCUGUUUACUGGUGAUGAGACAAAAAUGUGGUGCACGAAUUAUACGCUCCUCCCCCCAAAUAGUAUAAGCUAUUACCCGAUCAUGUUGUUAGUAACUGCGUCGCGCUGUGCAAAUAUUCACCUGUUCAUGGAUGAGGAGGCAGGAGAGAUCUUACAUGUUAAGGUGGGGGCGCAGGACGCAACAUUUCCUCGGAAAAUGGCUUUGAAGGUCGAAGUACUUGCAACUAUCAAUACAGUUCGAGCAGCGUUGUCCAAUGCAUUAAAUUGGAGUGUUGAUUCUCGAAAACUCUGCGUGACAGACUUAUUGGCGUUGUCAAAUGAUUCGGUUUUCAUGACGAAGACGAGCACAGCCAACGAACAGCAAUGCAAAUGGCAAAAAUUAGUUAUCAACGAGCCGAACAAGGCAUUACUGGCGGAAGAUCGUCAGAUGAAAUCACAAAAACGUAUUUAA